UCAAAGUUUUAACGACACGCCCCGUGUCCUCCGCCCUGCCCAGAAACGCACUCCAGUCACUCCUAAUCACUGUCAACAUCAACGGCCGUGAUUGAGAGCGUCCUGCGACUACAAACAAUUGUCUUCUUUUCCUUUCAUAAAAAAAAAAAACUUUGGAGUUGUUGUCAAACUUGGACCCUGUAAACCAAAAUCUGGAUUUACAUUUGAAGAAAAACAAGUUACUUUCAUGCCAGGGUAAAGUGGAAUACUUCUCAGAUCUUCACAGGGAAAUACUAAACGUCGCAAGGAAUCGCAAUAAUGUUUUUAUGAACUUGUCUCACACGUCAGCAUGUUUCGCAUCUUCGUAAACUUAAGCAUGUAACCUCUCAUUUCAUUUUAGUACGCAGAACAUGCCUCUGUUCCUUAGUACACGCGUUUAGAUUUCCUAAAGAAUCGGGAUUUGCGUUUCUCUACUAAUCCAGUAAACUUCUGCAAGCGAUUUUGACUCAAAAUUGAGUCUCAUUUCAGUUAAACCUCAGUGUAAACUUGUAUCAGCCGCCCACAAGAGCUGGUCGACUUCAGUCAUGAAUGUGCCAAGGUGCUCUGGAGUCUGCGCUACGAUGAGACUUCUGGCUCUGUUUGUACACGUUAUGUCAACGACGGCAAAGAGACACGUUGUAUACUGGAACUCUACAAACACACGGUUAACAGGAGAUGAUUACUCUGUCCAGGUCAAUCUGAGUGAUUAUCUGGAUAUACUGUGUCCACACUAUCCUGCCGACCACCCGUCGAGCGGCCCUGUGGAGACUCUGGCUCUCUACCUGGUGGCUGAGGGCCAGUUCAGGGGCUGCGUGGAGACUAAAGAGGCCAUUAAGAGAUGGGAGUGCAACCAGCCGUUCGCUCCCUAUGGCCCUGUCAGAUUCUCUGAAAAGAUCCAGCGCUUCACACCCUUCUCCCUGGGCUUUGAGUUCCUGCCCGGACACCAUUACUACUAUAGCUCGCUGUCCACAGACGACGCACCCCCCCUCCCGUGUAUGAAACUACGAGUCACUGUGUGUUGUCCGCCGACAACAGCUGAAUCAUCAAGACAAGAAGCCACAGAGAGACCGUCACACAGCAGCAGUGUCCACCAGAAGACAGUCGGACGUCUUUCUCUCCUCCUCAUCUUCCUCUUAUUGCUUUAUUUUCUCUAAUAUGUCGUCUUAAAAAUUCAAGUGCUCUGUUGUGGCAGAUAUUCCUCCAUAACCAGUAGCGUUACAGUAAAUGCUUGUUCUACUUCUGUGGAUUACACACACACACACUCUCUCUCUCUCUCUCUCUCUCUCUCUCUCUCUCUCUUUCUCGUACUCCUUUGCUCUGUCAUUUUUGUCACGCUAGUAAUCUCCAUCCCUUCACUUUCUUCCUGGCAGUCUCUCUCUCUCUCUCUCCGUCCACUCUCAGUGGCUUCUUACUCCUGUCUGCUCUGAUAAAAGUUCACUCUGUAACAGAGCGACACUAAUCUACCUUCAAAGAGCUUAUCUUACUGUUCAUUUUCUUUUAAUCCAUCUGUCCUUAAGAGUCAGACAUUCCUUUACAAGCCCCCGCUCCCCUCUGUCCUACUGUACAACAAACUGAGCCAAAGACGAGGAGGAUGAAGCUCCUGCUGUUUGUACUACUGACUGGAAGAUCAUUCACUAACAUAUCCAAUGAUCAACAACUUUUUGUCUUUUUUUUUUUUUGUCAUCGAAAAAAGGAAUACAUUGAAACCAAAGCCAGACCGCAGCAUUUAAAGCAUCUUUUUUAUUUUUAUUUUUUUGCUGUAUUGACCUAAGUAUCCUGGCAGAACUCUGCAAUUAUCUGGAAGAUCCUGGAAUUUUUUAUCUUGAAUUUCUUUCAAAUUUAUGUGGAAAGUGUGUGACUGAGUGCCGCCUGCCUGGAGCACACAGGAAGAGGAAGAACUACUUCCUGUUCAUCACUUGUGGGGCAUGAUUGCUCAUAUCCCGGUAUAUUGCGUUUGUGUUUAAUAAGGCACUUAAUCAGGUUCAUACAAUAUCAUCAGUUGUUUGUUUUUUAACAUUAUUUGGGUAUGUGAAUUAUAUGUAACGAAAGUGUUCGUUUUGUUUAACUUGAUGAGGGAAUAUGCAAAAUAUUUUUGAUAAACAUAAGCAAUUUUUGUUUCAUUUUGUUUUACAGUGUAUUUUUUAGAUAUAAUAAUGCAUUGAUUAAGGAGAAAACAACAUCCUUAGUGUUGUUUAAUACCUUUAACCAUUUGUUUAAUUUUUAAAUGAGGAUUUAUUUGAGAUAUUUUAUUUACUGUAAAUUCGAACAUGGAAAAUUCAUAUUUUCAGGAAAAGGAAAAAAGAAAAUAUUUGACGCUUAUAUCUAAUAUAGACAUAAGCAUAAUUUGUUUGUUUUCUCACAUAAUUAUUAAUACCCUUAUUGGUAUGCAAGGGAAUCAAACUAGCACAAAAUAAUAGAAGCUGAAAAUAUUUCUAUUUAAUUUUUGUUGUAUUGUUUUUGUUUUUUUAUUUGUUUGUUUUUUUAUCAGUUCUAAUAAUGGUGAAGUCAUUUUGUCCCCUUCGUACGUUUUAGAAUGUUAAUACAUAUUCUGUGGUAAAGAUAAAUGUUUCGUUUCUCUAGUUUCUGGAUAAUUUCAUAUUUUCAGAUGCAAAUCAUGUCUGCCAAAACAGAACAAUCAGUUUACAGACUUGUUAAAUCUAGUUUUUAGCAUGUAGGAAUGUCAUUUUCUUUGUCAUUCGAGUCUUUCACAUUUUUGUGAAGUGAUCAGGAUCUUCUGUGAAGAACGUUCAUCUUAGCCAUUUUUCCACGGCAAAAUGAGCUACAAAAAUAAAAGAUAAUGCUUUUCAGUC